AUGGCGAUUGAUGACUUGGAUCACGAAAAUGCAUCAGUCAUAGCUGAAAAUGUAUCACAUGCAUCCUCCUAUGAUGAAUUUGAGGAAGGUGUUACAGUUGCAAUCACUCAUCCAUUAUACUUAUCUCCGGGAAACACAAGUGGAAUCUCUUUUAUUUCAUUUCAACUAACUGGUACUGAUAAUUACUCCUUAUGGCAUCAAUCUAUGCGGAUUGCAUUACUUGGCCGUAAUAAACUAGGUAUCCUGAUGAACUCAGUUGCACCAGCCCUAAUCAGUGGUAUUGCUUAUGCCACUAAUGCACAGAAGCUCAAGGAUUUUUGGGAUGAAUCUGAAUCUAUUAUACCCACUCCUGAUUGUGAUUCUGCCAAGACAAAGGAGAUUAUUGUUCAUCCACGAAAGCAAAAGGUGUAUCAAUUCCUAAUGGGAUUGAAUGAUUCUUAUUAUCAAGCUUGUAGUCAAAUACUAAUGAUGAAGCCAUUACCUUCAGUUGAUCAAGCAUAUGCAAUGCUUAUGAGUGAUGAAAGCUAA